AAGAGAAAUGCAAAGUGCUAAGAGAAGAAGUAAGGAUGAUGUUUUGCAAAAUGGAAAAUGAGGUUGAUAAACUUGAGUUUAUCAAUGUAUUGCAAAGGCUUGGAGUUGAUUAUCAUUUCAACAAUGAAAUAAGGAAUAUGUUGGACAAUAUUUACAACUCACAAACAUCCAACUUGAAGAAGAAUUUACAUGCCACAACACUCAAGUUUAGAAUCUUAAGGCAACAUGGUUAUGAUAUAUCUUCGGAUGUUUUUGUUAGCUUUCGAGAUGAAAUGCGUGGUUUGAAGACUGACCAAACAAUUGAUGUUGAGGGAAUGUUGUCAAUGUAUGAAGCCUCGUUUCAUUCAUUUGAAGAUGAAACUAUAUUGGAUGAAGCAAGAGAUUUCACAACAAAGUUUCUCAAAGAGUAUUUGAACAAAAAUAAUGAUGUUAUGUCACUUCAAAUAAGCAAUGCUUUGGAGCUUCCAAUACAUUGGAGAAUUCCUCGAUGGGAGGCGCAAUGGUUCAUCGGUGUAUACGAAAAAAAGAAAAACAUGAGUCCAGUUUUACUUCAAUUUGCUAAACUGGAUUACAACAUUGUUCAAAGCAUUUAUCAAGAAGAACUUCAGUAUUCGUCGAGUUGGUGGGAAAGAACUGUUCUUGGAGGAAAGUUGAACUUUUCAAGAGAUAGAAUUGUUGAGAAUUAUAUAUGGACAGUUGGAACAAUUUUUAAUCCGAAUUCGGGAUACUUCAGAAAAGUCGUAACCAAGAUCGUUGCCUUAAUUACAUUAAUUGAUGAUGUCUAUGAUGUUUAUGGUACCUUGGAAGAUCUAGAGCUCUUCACAGAAGCACUUGACAGAUGGGAUCUAAAUGGAUUGGAUAGUCUUCCAGAAUAUAUGAAAAUAUGCUUUAAGCCACUUUAUACUUUUGUGAAUGAAGCGGCUUCUGAAAUCCAGAUCAAGAGUGGUUGCGAUAUCACUUCACACCUAAAGAAAGCAUGGACAGAUCAAUGUAAAACAUAUAUGACCGAAGCAAGGUGGUAUCAUAGUGGAUAUGCUCCAACCCUUGAAGAAUACUUAGAGAAUGCAUGGAUAUCGGUCGGUACAGCUAAUAUACUUAUUCAUGGUUACUUCUUGACUCAACAUGGAUUCAAAAUGGAGGACAUGGCUUGCUUAGAACAAGAUUCCAACAUAAUUCGGUUUUCAGAAAUGGUUGUACGCCUUGCUAAUGAUCUCGGAACAUAUAAACGCGAAAAUGAUACUGGUGAUAUUCCAAAGACAGUUCAAUGCUACAUGAAUAAAACGGGUGCAUCUGAAAUAGACGCGUGUGAGCACGUAAAUUCCAUGAUAUUAACAGUAUGGAAGAAGAUGAAUAAAGAAGCUCAUACUUCAUCUUUCUCUAGAAGUUACACUGAUAGUGCUAUAAACAUUGCUAGAAUGGCAAUGUGCAUGUACAUGCAUGGAGAUGGCCAUAGCAUUCAAGAUCCUGAAAUUAAGAAUCGUAUAAUGUCAUUAAUUUUUCAGCCUAUUCCUAUCGUAAGUACACAACAUGUCAUGGAUAGAGGAUUAAACAGUGACGAGUUUGGAUCAAAGAAUAAUGGAUCGAAUGACUUAAAUUUGCAUCAUGGAAAUUCUUCUCUCUAGUUUUUUUUCCUUUGUAUUAGCAUUUGUUCUUUCCAUUCCAUGAAAUGGAUUCAUUCAAUAAUUUGUUUGUGUUGGUAGUUGAUUAGUUGAUAGUUGAUAAAAUAUAGUUUUAGAGAGAUGUUUAGAACGAAGGUUAUGUCAUUGAUUUCUUGGAUGAUUGUUUACAAUGUAGCAAUUGCAUAUUUAUAGGCUCAAGUCACCAACCUCUCAAUGGUGGUGAAUGUUUCUACAUUACACUAGUUCUUUCUAGAGUUUUUAUGAUAUGUUAUUAUCAUGAUAAAUCUAUAUUCUUUUAU